AUGGGUAUCCAGGGUAUACAUGAGUAUACAGGGUAUACAGGGUAUACAAGGUAUACAGGGUAUACAGGGUAUACAGGGUAUACAGGUUAUACUGAGAGUACAUGGGUAUACAUGGGUAUACAGGGUAUACAGGGUAUACAUAGGUAUACAGGGUAUACAUGGGUAUACAGGGUAUACAUGGGUAUACAGGGUAUACAGGGUAUACAUAGGUAUACAGGGUAUACAGGGUAUACAUGGUAUACAGGUAUACAGGGUAUACAUAGGUAUACAGGGUAUACAGGGUAUACAUGGGUAUACAGGGUAUACAGGGUAUACAUAGGUAUACAGGGUAUACAGGGUAUACAUAGGUAUACAGGGUAUACAUGGGUAUACAGGGUAUACAUGGGUAUACAGGGUAUACAGGGUAUACAUGGGUAUACAGGGUAUACAGGGUAUACAGGGUAUACAGGGUAUACAGGGUAUACAGGGUAUACAGGGUAUACAGGGUAUACAGGGUAUACAGGGUAUACAUAGGUAUACAGGGUAUACAGGGUAUACAUAGGUAUACAUACAUGGGUAUACAGGUAUACAGGGUAUACAUAGGUAUACAGGGUAUACAGGGUAUACAUAGGUAUACAGGGUAUACAUGGGGCAGGGUAUACAGGGUAUACAGGGUAUACAUGGGUAUACAGGGUAUACAUAGGUAUACAGGGUAUACAUGGGUAUACAGGGUAUACAGGGUAUACAUGGGUAUACAUAGGUAUACAGGGUAUACAGGUAUACAUAGGGUAUACAUGGGUAUACAGGGUAUACAGGGUAUACAUGGGUAUACAGGGUAUACAGGGUAUACAGGGUAUACAGGGUAUACAUAGGUAUACAGGGUAUACAGGGUAUACAUAGGUAUACAGGGUAUACAUGGGUAUACAGGGUAUACAGGGUAUACAGGGAAUACAUGGGUAUACAGGGUGGGUAUACAGGGUAUACAUGGGUAUACAGGGUAUACAUGGGUAUACAGGGUAUACAGGGUAUACAGGGUAUACAGGGGUAUACAUAGGUAUACAGGGUAUACAUGGGUAUACAAGGUAUACAUGGGUAUACAGGGUAUACAUAGGUAUACAGGCAUACAGGUAUACAUGGGUAUACAUAGGUAUACAGGGUAUACAUAGGGUAUACAGGGUAUACAUGGGUAUACAGGGUAUACAUAGGUAUACAGGGUAUACAGGGUAUACAUAGGUAUACAGGGUAUACAUGGGUAUACAGGGUAUACAGGGGCAUACAGGGUAUACAUAGGUAUACAGGGGGGUAUACAUAGGUAUACAGGGUAUACAGGGUAUACAGGGUAUACAGGGUAUACAGGGUAUACAUAG